ACCCCCACCCCCACCACUUCGGCACAGCUCAGGAUUUGUUUAAACCUUGGGAAACUGGUUCAGGUCCAGGUUUUGCUUUGAUCCUUUUCAAAAACUGGAGACACAGAAGAGGGCUCUAGGAAAAAGUUUUGGAUGGGAUUAUGUGGAAACUACCCUGCGAUUCUCUGCUGCCAGAGCAGGCUCCGCGCUUCCACCCCAGAGCAGCCUUCCCCUGGAGGUGCUGAAAGACUCCGAAGUCGCCGUUUCCCAAGUGCCCACCAUGAGUGAGCUCUCGCCCUACUCAGCCAAAUGCUCCUCUUCAGGCUUCUCCUGCUGACAUCUGCCCUGGCCGGCCAGAUUCACGGGACUCAGGCUGAGUCCAACCUGAGUAGUAAAUUCCAGUUCUCCAGCAACAAGGAACAGAACGGAGUACAAAAUCCCCAUCAUGAGAGAAUUAUUACUGUGUCUACAAAUGGGAGUAUUCACAGCCCAAGGUUUCCUCAUACUUACCCAAGAAAUAUGGUCUUGGUAUGGAGAUUGGUAGCAGAGGAAAAUGUGUGGAUACAACUUAAAUUUGAUGAAAGAUUUGGGCCGGAAGACCCAGAAGAUGACAUUUGCAAGUAUGAUUUUGUAGAAGUUGAGGAACCCAGUGAUGGAACUGUAUUAUGGUGCUGGUGUGAUUCUGGUCCUGUACCAGGAAAACAGAUUUCCAAAGGAAAUCAAAUCAGAAUAAGAUUUGUAUCUGAGUAUUUUUCUUCUGAACCCGGAUUCUGCAUCCACUACAACAUUGUUAUGCCACAACUCACAGAAGCUGUGAGUCCUUCAGUGUUACCCCCUUCAGCUUUGCCACUGGACCUGCUUAAUAAUGCUGUAACCGCCUUUAGUACUUUGGAGGAUCUUAUUCACUAUCUUGAACCAGAUAGAUGGCAGCUGGACUUAGAAGAUCUAUACAGGCCAACAUGGCAACUUCUUGGCAAAGCUUUUGUUUUUGGAAGAAAAUCUAGAGUGGUGGAUCUGAACCUUCUAAAAGGAGGUUGUCUCCUGGUUAAACGCUGUGGUAGAAACUGUGCCUGUUGUCUCCACAACUGCAAUGAAUGUCACUGUGUCCCAAGCAAAGUCACUAAAAAAUAUCACGAGGUCCUUCAAUUGAGACCAAAGAUUGGUGUCAGGGGAUUGCAUAAAUCACUCACUGACGUGGCCCUGGAGCAUCACGAGGAGUGUGACUGUGUGUGCAGAGGGAACACAGGAGGAUAACCACAUCACCACCAGCUGCCCUUUCACAGAGCUGUCAGGUACAGCCAGCGGCUGAUUCCGUGAGAGAACUAAUGCAUUACCUGCAUCCUUAAUCCCAGUUGUUAGCUUCAAGGAUCUUCCAUCUGCAGGAUUUACAGUGGGUUCUAAAGAGGAGACCAAAUGGAAUUAUGAGUUGUGCAACAUUGCUUUUGAGAGGAGCCCAAAGGACAGGAGAAAAGGUCUUCAAUCAUGGGAAAAAAAAUUAAAUAUUGUAGAUCACUAGCUAGUUACCACGUUCUUUUUCCACUUGCUGCAGUCUGUAUUCCCUAUGUCAUGAUAUGGCUUAGGUUAAUGUCAGGACAAGAAAAAACUGCAAGUGAGCACCUGAUUCUGUUGCUCUGCUUAACUCUAAAGCUCCAUGUUCUGGGCCCAAUAUCACAGAAAAUCCGGAAUGUUUUCCCCUUAUACUUGCAUAUAUAAACCAGAACGUUUCAUGUUCUAUAAACUUGGGUUUUAAAGAGGAACUAUGUUGCUAUGAAUUAAACUGGUGUCAUGCUGAUAGAAAAGACUGGAUUUUCCAUGUUUCUUAUUAAAAUCUCCGCCAUUUAGAAGAAGAGAACUACAUUCAUGGUUUGAAAGAGGCAAACCUGAACAGAAGAGUGGCCUUAUCUUCACUUUAAGUUGGUUUAUUUGUUUUAUUGUGUACAUUUUUAUAUUCUCUUUUUGACAUUAUAACUGUUGCCUUUUCUAAUCUUGUUAAAUAUAUCUAUUUUUACCAAAGUUAUUUAAUAUUCUUUUUUAUGACAACCUAGAUCAACUAUUUUUAGCUUGGUAAAUUUUUUCUAAACAGAAUUGUUAUAGCCAGAGGAAUAAGGAUGAUAUAAAAUAUUGUUGCUCUGACAAAAAAAAAAAUACAUGUAUUUCCUUUUUGAAUGGUGCUAGAGCUUAGAUUGAUCUGCAUUUAAAAAUACAGAAGUAUGAAACCAAUAGGAUUGGGAAGUCACAAUGACAUUUUGGAAAUAAAUUACCAUAUCUUCCACCCUGUUUAUUGGAUACGCAAAAAAAAAAUAACAUAUGAAAAGUAGACAUUCAACUCCAGUUCUUACUAAUUUAACCUGUUUGGGAGAAAAUACGAACCCAGCUCAGAAGAACAGAAAGCACCUUGAUAAAAGAGACUGACAGCUUCUUGAUAAAGUGGGCUGUGGAGUAGGAACACAUCCUAUUUAUUGUGAUGCUAUGAUUUCAAUACCUUUAAACUCUGUUCCAUACGCUUGUAUAAAUACAUGGAUAUUUUUAUGUACAGAAGUAUAUCCUUUAACCAAUUCACUUAUUGUACCCUUUUGCAAUUGAAAAGAAAAUCAGUAAAACACUCUGCUUGUAAAAUGCUUAAUAUUAUGCCUAGGUUAUGUGGUGACUAUUUGAAUUAAAAAUGUAUUGAUUCAUCAAA